UCCGCUCAGCAAUAGCGGAGCAGACGAGAAACCAUGGAGCGCAACAAGACGCUCCAUGGUUGAGAGACUCAGCAAGCGGACGGGAAACGUUCCAGCCUCGGAGCCUUUUCUAGAUUUCUUUCGGCGCCAGCGGGCAGAUUUGGGGACGUCGGUGGGUGGACGCUGACUUCUGUGCAGGCGUGCGUAAAAGUGACUGGAGAGGUGCCGGUAGAGAAAAACAGUCUUGGAGUCACCGUCAGCUGCCAAAGGAUAAAGAAGUGAUUAUAAGGAAUCUGGAGUAGAGAGAGAAUAUAGUGACGCUGUCUUGUGUUUUCAAUCAUGUUUGAGGAAAAGACACGAGGGUGCGCUGCGUAAGUCCCAUGUCGGUGCAAGGAGCGGCUGCUUUCCUUUAAGGAAUCUGCGAGAGUUCUGCUCAGAAACAAGCACUGGACUUCUAGUGAGAGCGAGUCCGUGAAAACUCCAGAACCAUGGUGAAGUUUCAGAACUCAGACCUGUGGAUAGCCUGGAUGGUUAUCUUUUGCAUGGAGGGUUCACGGUUUGAUCUGCACACAGGAAAAGUGUGUGUCCGGGCCCUGGAAGUGACUGUGUCCCAGAGCAGCAUCCAGGUGGCUCGGGGCCAAACGGCCAUUCUGCCCUGCUCCUUUACCACCAGCGCUGCCCUCACCAACCUAAACAUAAUCUGGAUGGUGAUCCCGCUGUCCAACGCUAACCUGCCAGAACAGGUGAUAAUUUACCAGAAUGGCCAGGUGUUCACCCUACCUAACCACCUCAAGGGUCGUGUGGGCUUUGUGGCCACCAUGCCAAGCACAAGUGCCUCCAUCUUCAUCAACAACACCCAGUUGUCUGACACUGGGACAUACCAGUGCCUGGUGAACAACUUUCCCGAUGGAGGAGGUCGUAACAUUGGAGUCAUUGGGCUCACGGUGUUGGUGCCCCCCUCAGUGCCAGCAUGUCGAAUCCAGGGAACGCUGGAUGUAGGCAGCGACAUCAUGCUGUUCUGCAGUUCAGAGGAAGGCAUUCCCACGCCAUCUUACUCCUGGGAGAAGCUUGAUGCGCUGCCCAAGCUACCACACAACGCCAUGCAAGGUAUUACAAACAAGCUGGCCGUCGGAGUUCCCCUUUGCCCCACCUUUGCUGACCAGAUGCAGGGCACUGUCACCUUGAGAAAUAUCAGCACAAGCACCUCAGGGUUUUACCAGUGCACUUCCAGCAAUGCCAUUGGCAAGAGCACAUGUGUGCUAAAUCUGGAGGUUGUGGCACCCCAGCCUCAGAGUGUAGGUCUGAUUGCAGGAACCAUUGCUACAGGAAUCCUUGCUGUCAUCAUCUGUUCACUACUAGUUGUGGUUACACUGUUUUACUGGAAGAACAAGAACAAAUAUGAGGAAGAGGAAAUUCCUAACGAGAUCAGAGAAGAUGAUUUACCUCCUAAGCGGUCAUCAUCAGUAAAGGCUUUCCAUGCAGAUGCCUCUUCCUCAGAGAACGACACACUGACUUCUACAAACACGUACAACAGUCGCUACUGGCACAACCCUAAAACCAACUAUGACACCAACUCCUACACGCGCUACAAUGGAGACACUCGUCAGACCUUUACAGCUGCUCCAACUGCUGCUGUACAUGGAUCCCACGGAGCCCACAGUCACGGACAACCUCAGAAUGCUACACAGGUCCGUGAAACGGCGGUCACAGCUCCAGGCUCCACCCCUCUAUCCCGCCACCCACCACCCACCACGGCAACUACCACAACAACAUCUUUUGCCAAUGGCGGCCACAUGCUCUCGCCACCCAAGACUCUAGUUGUCACAACAAACUCUGCCCCAUCCCCACCCGCCAUGGUGCGCAGCAACGGCACCGUAAGCCUCAAACCAGUGGUGACAUCCACACACGGGCACCACACGCACUCUUAUGCUGUUAGCCAGGCGACGCUGGAGCGGAUGGGGGCAGUGCCGGUCAUGGUGCCCGCCCAAAGCAGAGCAGGUUCACUUGUUUAAAAACCUGAUUUGUGACUCUGCUAACAAGACUAAAAGAGUGUUUGGUUGGAAUGUUUGAGAUGUGAUAAGAAAAACUGACUGAAUAUGGGCUGAAGCAGUCCACAACCCUUUACAGUUGUGUCUUUCAGUAAGACUUUUUUUUAACCACAAACUAAAAAAAAAUAAAAAAGCAUAGGUUUUACAGUGCAGAGUUUAAUUGAUGCCAAUUCUUUGAUGGCCAUAACGCUAUUUUUUCAGUUCCUUUUUGUUUGUGCUAUUUUUAUGGAUUUUCUGCUGGUAAAAACAGUGGGAUUGAUUUUUCUUUCUUUCUUUCCCAAACCCCCUGGAUGAUUUCACAAGGCUGGAGUUUAAAAUCCUGCAAAUCACAGAAUUCUGGAUCUUCUUCAGGGCUGGAUUAUUGUAAUGAUUGUGUGUUUUGUUUUGUUUUGGGUUUUGUUUUUGACCCAAACCAGACAUUGUUUUUUUUUUUUUUUUUUUUAGCGUGUCAGUUUGCAUGGUCAAGCAGAAGAAAGCUUUGAAUCCCACAGUAUAAUGCAUGUGUCCUUUAAGUUAGACAGCUUUAUUUCCCAUUAUUUCUUCACGCUUUUAAGUUUUGAUUGACAUCAACAAUAAAUGUGGCAAAAAACUGAAUGUUGAAAGAAAUUUAGAGUUCCCAAAAGCAUAAAAAGUGUAAAGAAUGAAAUGAUAGUUGAAAUGGCCUUAGAAGCUUGGAGUGGAAUGGUCAGGGGUAUUUGGUGCAAUAAACUACUUAGUUUAUGUCAGUGAAUGCAAACGUAAUUAUUUUAACGCACUUUUAGAGCAAAAUAAUAUCAAUAGCUUUGUCUUAUGAAAAUAGUUCUAUUCAUUAUAUGCUUUAUAAUCAAAAAUACAUCCACUCCUCUCUUUCAAACUCUAUGAUUUCAUGUUGAUUAACAUGCUGGGUUACCAAACAAAAAGAGACCACUCUCCUGACCUAAACUCUGACUUGCUGCUCAAUAUAGUGCUUGCUGUCACCAUUCUUAGCUGUAGUAUCUCUGACUCACACCAUGUCAGUGCUGCUUUAAGAUGAAAAAAAAAAGAUGUCUUAUUUCAUACAUGCUUCAUAACGAAGCAAGAGAAUUUUAUACAAUAUUUUUGUUCUCAACUAAAGCUCACAUUUAGUGUUUUUUUAACUGUACAUAUUAAAACAGUAGGCUAGAUUGUGAAUCAAAAAACAAUUUGUCUCCUCAUCCAUGUUACAUCUUACUUGUCCUAAUGUUCAAACUGUUCUAUUUUUUUUUUUUUUUACGUCAACUGCAGGCGACCUUUGUUUCUGCCUCAUAGUGUUAUUUUAUAGAAAUGUCUAUCUAAUAAAAUGUGUUUCUACAUGAGUGGGCACAUGUAGAAUGUAUAAACAACUGACACCUUUGGCUGUGUGUGUUAGAGUUGUGUUGCUGACCUUCUGUAAUUUUAUUUGAUCAAAUCUUACGGGCAGAGUAAGAAGCUGGAGUGUUUCCAGGUCUUUCCAAAUCUGAUAAUUCUCAUUUCUUUUCGUGCACAUAAUUUACCCUGGCUGUGAGCCAUAUUUUACAAAGUAAACAACUUCAUAACUUAUUAUAUUUGUUUUUAAUUUCAGUAUUACCUUGAACUUAAUACAGUAACUGUGUUUCAUUCAAAAUGUCAGUCCUUUUUAAAUGAGUGAUGAACAAAUAUUUUGAGUGGCCAUUUACCAUUUAAAACUAAAGAUACCAUUUUAAUUCUACCAAAUUAUAAAAUUAUUUAUUUCUUGGAUUUCUUUGACUAGAUCAAGUUUGAACUCAGUGGGUGUGUGUUUUAUACCUAUUUGCUGUUGUUUGCAGUUGAUCUGCAACUUGCAUUGUUCUCAUUUCCCCUCCACACAUUUUGUCUACUUGUAAUGAUGAAAUGACUUGUAGUUAAACUUUUUUACAGUUAAGAGUAGUCAGGUACAUGCAAGUUCUGUUGAAAGCCAGACUUAACCAAACACAAGCUUUGACACAGGUCUGACUGUAGGCACUCAAUCAGUUCAUUGUCAUGUGAGGACGAGCUAAAUAUAUGUGCACCUCAAUAAAUAAAAACAUAAUCAAAAAUGUAUUUUGUUAAUUCAGUUACAUAACUGCAAGUCAUCAUGGAAUUAUUUUUCUAGUUUUGAUUAAGUUUGCUUACAGCUUGUAGAAUAUCAAAUUCUAUUCCAAGAAAGUUAAAAUAUUACAUAGAACUACAUUUUUUUUUCUCAGAAAAGUUGUUAUGGCCUAUGUGACAAUAUGAAAGAGUUGACUGUACUCUAACAAGGAUGGUAAAUAUUGCAGCAGCCAAGCACAGAAAUGGAAAGAAAUUGAAAAAUUGUUUUAGAAGAAAAAGGUAAAGUUACAUGGAUAACCAGGGCCUUCAGGAUAUUGUGGAACAAACUCAAAUUAAGAGUUAUGGGGAGAUUCAAAACACCUGGACUGAACCUGGUUCAGUGUUUUAAAAGCCACCACACACAACAUACAAAUAUAUCCAGGACAUGAAAUACAUUUCAUUUGGAAAAUCAAGGUCCUAGAGUACAUUGGAUGAGCGAACAGGCUCCGAGGUUCCUUGGCAGUCAGUGAUAUGUGUCUUCUGCUGGUAUUGUUUUAGUCUGUUUCAUGAGAUUCAAUAGCAACCCUGCCAUCUACCAGAAAACAUUUGGGACCUCAGGAUUCCCUCUACUGACAAUCUGUUUUAAGAAGCUGAUAAAUUUUACUCACUGCUAAAAAUAUUAGUACCAACUUUAAUGAUUAGAGUAUCACUUUGCAAAUUCUAAUCUAACCCUUUAGAGAAUCUAUGGAGUAUUGUAAAGAGGACAAUGAGAAAUGCCAGAACCCGACAAUGCGGACGAGGUAAAAGCAGGAAGCAGCCUGGGCUUCCUGAAUUGCCUCAUUCUGAUGGCCUCCAGACCACGCUUCACCAAUGUAGUUAUCAUCCAAAUGAGUCCAGACAGACGUUGAAACCUUACAUAUACUGUUUUUAAAUCAGUCUUACUUUAUAUGCAAAUUUUAAGAGAAACUAAUUUUAAGAUUUUUAUUAGCUAUAGACCAAAUCAUUACAUUGAAAAGAAAUAACCGUUUGAUAUCUGUCCAUGUGCACUGUAUGUUUCACUUUUGGGAUUUGAAUUGCUAAAAUUCAUUUACAUUUUAGUGAUUUUCCCAUUUAUUGAGAUGAACCUGUAAGUACCUUAAAUCUAAAGAUGAUCUGUUUUUUUCUGACAUUUUAGCCAUCUAUCAUACAUGUUCUGAUUUCGUUUAUUUUUUCCAUUUCCCACACUGUUCCUGCCCUGAUCUCCCAUUCCCUACAAGCAACUCUUUUUCUAUGGGUCUUUUUUCUUUAUUUGUCUUUGAAAGUAUGGCAGGGUAGAAAAAUUAAAUUGAGCUUAUACUAUUUGUACUUCACACUUAUUUUGUAGAAUAUGUGUGAGAAUCUGCUGACUCUUUAUCCCAGAUUUAUUGAGCAUGUCACGUUAUGCCUCAGCCAUAAAGAUGGACUAUCAUGUAGAAGAUGGUGUAUGGUUUGUGUAUACAAAUAAGUGUGACAUGUUGCCAACAGUAAAACCGGUUUAAAUAUGUAAAUAUGUAAAGACGUGAAAAGCAAAAAAAAAAACAAAAAAUAAAACAAUAAAAAACAAACAAACAUUGUGUUCUAACAUGGGGACAAGAUUAUAUAGAGGGAAAAACAAAAACACUGGACAAGUAAAUAAAAAUUGGUUAAUACAUUUUA